UGAGGAUAUUCAGGGAUUCCUAGAGGAUGACAACAUUGAACUGCCUGCCAAUGAUGAUGACACAAAAAUGAUGAUGAUAGUUUGUUGGACGAACUUGGGAAGGGAACUCUUACAGAAGUUCAGUUGUUUUAAUGGACUGAAUUGUGCACAACUUGCUGGUACCGUAAAGUGCAUGCUUUGUUGUAUAUCUCAUGAUGAUGAGGAUUUGAGAAAGGCAUUUAUUGGACCAAUGCCUAGAAGUUGGACAGGUUGCAUGGCGUUUCCUCUUAAUGGUACACCUUAUCCAGUGACGUUACCUUUUGACACUGAAAGUGAUCUUCCUUUGGUUCAAUGCAAGCCUUGUAAACAAUGUUAUCUAGAACUCAACCCAACCUUUAAUAGUACAAAUUCAUGAACUUUUAUGAAUUCCAUAUGUAGAGACCACUGUUGUGAGAUUAAAGCUCUAUCGAUCUUGCACUAAUAAUAGAAGAUGCUUAUUUAAUUAUGCUUA